AUGGCGGCCUACAGAUACACCGACAGUGAUCUGCUGCGUUUGCGCCGCACCUUCGCACCUGACAGAGAGGUUGCAUACAAACUCGCUGAAAGAGUCGAUGAAGACAAUGAUUUAGGGGAGAUCAUUCGCACUACAUCUGAGCACUCACUGUCCCUCAUCGUCGAGGAGAGCGGAAGUUCCAGUAAUUCCGAUGCUCAGUUUCGCCAAGCCGCUGCUCAGCAGCUUGAUGGCACCGACUCAGAGCGACAGUACCAAGACCGAAGCGAUUCUCAGAUCGACCGUGCACCAUUGGUGGCACCGGCUGGCCUUGUCAGUCAGAGAUCUGAGGGCUUCAAACAGUUCUACAACUCUGUCAAGUCUCCCACUCAUAUGAGAGUGACUGCAGGUGGUCGGAUUGUGCCCAACUCACGCGGCCCGCCUUCUCCCAUAUCAAAGUGGAAUCGAGAGUUUGGCUCGCUCGACAGCCAGUCCUAUUCUCGUAACAUGAACGGCAAUCAACCUGAAGGCUUUGCCUACCCCAUUCUGCCUCCGAGUUGGGGACAGGUGACCGCUAUGGUUCCUCCCCAAACUCAUGGCACCAUGCCUGGAAUGACGAUGAGACCCCCAGAAGGAUACGCUCUCAUGGCGCCUCCUCCUAUGGCCUACAACAUGGCUGCUGUCCCAUACAACCAAUUUCCCGCCUCCGGUGUUCCUAUCCAACACCCAGGCCAAGCUAGCUACUUCGGAAAACCUCCCGACAUGGGGAUGGAACCAGCGAGAAACGUUCAUCUCUCGCCUGUCGAACAGUUUGAUCCUACCCGACCAUUCUUCUACAAUGGGCAGUGGUUGCUUGCGAACGGAAACAACUUGUACCCCAUCAACGUGGCUCCCCAGAUGAAUUUCGUUGCCACACAUGUGCCUAAUCAACUCGCACCUCGCCCAAGUGAUGAUCACAUGGCCCAUCCUGCUAAGUAUGGCCGCGUCUCUUCGCGACAGCUCAACCCGUCGCCCAUGAACUCAAAGCCCACUGUGGAAGAUAUGUCUCGCUCUGCCAGUCCUCCCUACUCGUCGAUUCGACCUAGCUCUAUCACACAGAAGCAGCUGGAGGUCCUCCGUAGUCAAAAGAGGUAUCAUCAAGACCAGCUUCAGUACAACAAGCAUCAAAUCGACCUUCGAGACAUGGAACAACGACUUGAGAAGAUCUGUGCUGAAAUCAACAAAUUUGAGCACCUCUACGCGAUGCAGCUCGAGUUUGAGGCCAGGAAGUACCCCAAGCUUGAAUCUCCCAACGAAGCCAACUCUAACUCAUCCGCUGGCUAUCCCCACAGUCACAGUGAUUCUGACGGGCCCAUGGCUGUUACCAAAAUGCCUACCUUGGGGUAUGGAUACCAGCAACCUGGUGUCCAGGCUCACACGCGCUCAGUGAGUGCUCUCGGCCCGGCCAAACCGGCUGCGGCGGUCGCUUCGGCCAAGAACCCUAGCGCUUUGAAGAACGAUAAUGGGCAACAGCGAAAGCCUUCAAGCCUUCCAGUCAAUGCUGCCUUGGCGCCGGUCUUCCAGCCCCGAUCCGAGAUCAAUGGCUCUUUCGUUGCAACAGACCAAACUGACGAAGCUGCACGUGCUCGGCACUGGGAGAGUAUGUCCAGAGCCAAUGCCUCUUGGCGGUCAUCAUUUUUCGCUAAGGAGAUUGAGGCUCAGAACAAUUUGGGCUCUCCCUAUCUCGUUGGCAAACUCAAACCAGGAGUCUUACCCCAAGACGCCAGACGUGAUGACUACACCUACGAGCGUGAGCUUACAGCGGAUGAACAACGUGCUCGCUACAUCUACUGGGAAAAGGCUCCUCACUACUUUCAGGACGGUCUUCCCAGGUAUGACGGCAAGGACUUCUACCACGCUCCUGAUGACAAAGAGAACUCCCUGCGCGCGGGCAACACUAUCUCUCCAAGUCUCUCCAACCCGGCUGAGACACAGGCAUCGACUACUAAGUUCAGAAGUGCUGUUCCGUUCAGCAAAGUGUUUCAGGCUGCCAGAGGUUCUGCUCGCCAUCUGUUUGAUGAGGUUACCCGCUCUGAGUCUUUGCACCGCACCGACGACUCUCUCCGCGCGAGUUCCAACUCCGAGUUCCCUCGGUCCGAGUCUCACGCAGCUCACCCUGGCUCCCGAUACAUGGAUUUUCGACGUGCCAUCAACGAGAGCACAAGAGUUUCAAGUGAGAAAUUCCAAGCCAAAGUCUCUGACGACUCGGCCGAGGAAGAGGGCAGUCUGAUCUUCAAAGGACGCCGGGUCAAGGACCGUGCUGUCAGUAGCAAGUAUCCGAGCGACAUCUGGUCGACCAUGCGCAAGAAGGGCAAAACGAGCGCCAACGUGGUUGCUGGUCAGGUGUCCCCCAUGACAGCUCAAGGUGUCCUUCCUCACUACUCGGGCCAUGCCACCGCAUCCCUGACCCCGACCAUCACCACAAACUCUCGUGGCCAUGCUGUCAGACAGGGUGAUAUGAACCCUCCACCUACUCUUGGAAGACGGGAGGAGAACAGACCUCCCCUUGAGCUUCUUGAACAGCAGCUCCGCAGUGCCAGCUUUCAAGACAAGAACCCCCAUGGGUUCUCGACUCGUUGA